AUGAACGUUGAAUAAAUUUUACAAGGUCUCAAUCCAAAUACUACUAACAUCAAUUUAGAGUUUAGGUAUGAAAUAUAAUUCAUAAUAAGGUAACUUGAUAGCAUCAAUCAUUUAGUUGAGAAUUUUGCUAGAUUUUAAAGAUUAAAAUAUGUAUUAGAUAUAUACUAAUUUAAGAUUAAUCUCUAAGGUAAUAACCUGACUUAAUUGAGUAAUAACUUAGCAAUUCUAUAUAUUGAAGAAUUGGAUAUAUCAUAAAACCCUUUAGAUUUUGAGAUUGUUAUCAAGCAAUUAUAACAAUUAUCAAAACUAACGAAAUUGAAUAUUACAAUAAAACCUGAAGAAGCUUAAAUAAUAUAAGAAAAUUUGCCAUAAUUAAGAUUUCUCAAUAAUCGUGAAAUUAAUCCUGUUGUUUUUAAAUAAAAAGAAUUAGAAUAAUAUGCAAUCCAAUUUGAAAAAUUAAUAGAGAUAACAAAAGAUGACAGAUUGAGAAAUUUAUUUGAUGAACAUGUCAAAAAUGUGAUGAAAGAUCUCUCAUUAAGAUUAUCAAAAGAUUUACCAGCAUUUAAAGCAAAAACUCAUGUGUUAAGAGCUAAAUAUGCUCUUUAGGAAUUAAAUUUUAAUAUGAUAAUUGAAUAUACUCAAAACUUGGAUUAGAAAGUUGGUGCUUUAUUUUAAAUGGUACAUGAUGAUCAUGCUAAUAUUUUUAAAGAAUUAACUAAUAUUAUAUUAAGUUAAGAUACAAUUAAUCCAGUAAGUUAGUAUAUAGAGAAAUUGGAAAAAUAAGAAUACUUAAUAAAAUAAUUAGAAUCAGAUUUAUAAGAGUAAUAAUAAACAAUAUAAAUGUGUCAAGAAGAGAAUUAAAAAUAUUUAGAUCUUAUUAUUAGACAUGGCAAAGCUAAUUAUGAUUCAAAAUAAGGAUAUCCAAAUUUAUAAUAAUAGUAAUAAUAAUAAGCCUUAAAGCCUACUAAUAAAAAAAUAGAUACAUCAGCAAUAAAGGAUAAAUCCUUAUAAAAUAGUUUAUAAAAUGAGGGAUCCUUAUUAUCAACUGCUAAAUUAAUACCUUUAAAAUAAUUAAAAGAAUAAAUUUAGGAGAUUUAUGAUUCAAAAGCUAAAUUUGAUUAGAAAUGUUAGGAAACAAAAUAAGCAAGGGAAACAAUGGAAUAACAUAUGUAUACAUAUUUGAAUUAAAAAUAUGGAUUAAAAGUAUUUUAAUAAUAAUAUUGAAUUAGAAUAUAAUAAUAGAAUAAGCUAGUACAAUAAUUUAGAGUGUAAAAAGAUUAAGUUAAGAAGAUAAUGAUAUAUGUGUAUUUGGUAAAAUAUUGAGAAAUGAAUGUGAUGAAGAAUUUAGAUUUGUAUAAAUUUAAGUAAAAUAAACAAUUGCAGAAUUAUUACGUAUGUUUUUGAGAUAAAAGAAUCCUUUAAAAAAUAUGACAGAUAUUAAAGAGAUGUGGAAUUAAAAGAUUUAAAAUUAUCUUAGUUUUGAUGAAUGUUAGGAGAUUGUUAAUUAUAUGUACAAUUAAGAGGACAGUUAAGUUUUAUUAUAAAAAUUGAAUUAGAUAAAAUUAUAAGGGAAUAAAUUAGAAUAUUGUUAAUUUGUUACUUCAAUUUUAGAUUUUUAAUUGUUUACACAUGAGAAAUAUUUAUAAAAGUUUUUAAAGUUAUUUAGAUAAGUAGAUAUAGAGAAAAAAGGAUAUUUAACAGAUGUAUUAUAAUAAAUUUAAUCUUAUAGGUAUAAUUUAGAUAAUUAAUGAAUUUGACAAAUCUCAAUUUAAGUGAAGAUGAAAUAAUUAAAUUUAUGUGCAUACUGGAUCCAUUUAAUACAUAAUAAAUGACAUUUUCUUCUAUUGUAUCAUUACUAUCUAGUGUAGGCAGAAAUCAAGUGACUUUAUUAUAAAAAAUUUAAUGA